AUGAUGAAUAAAUCUAUUAACGAUCAAACAAGUGUUGAUAUUAACAAUGGUACUUCAGUAAUAGGUACAGUAUCGAGCGACCUUCUUCUCGAUCACCUCCCACUACGAUGUUCGACGCCAGCUUUCAAGAGUAGGCUACCGUCGUUUCGAACAUUGCCAUUAUCCUCUUCGUACACGGACACUUCUAUUGUACAAACAUCAACAAACAUAGAUUUAAAUAACAUUGAAAAUUAUUCAAAUUUAAUGUCUUCAUCAAUGUUUCGUACACCUUCGUUUGCAAUGUUAAAACCAUCUUCAUUUAAUCAAAAACGAGAAAAAGAAAGAUCUGAAUUAUCAACAUUAAAUGAUAAAUUUGCUGAUUAUGUUGAAGCAGUUCGAUAUUUUGAAGCACACAAUAAAAAGAUUCAGAUGGAUGUGAAUCUUCUUAAUGAAAAACAACGUGAAAUUUGUCAAAAAACUAAAACAAUAUUUGAAACAGAAGUUACACAAUUAAAACAAGUAGUUGAACAAUUAUUAAAAGAAAAAAAUAAUUCAUUUGCUACUGCUCAAAAUGCACAGAAUCCCAUUCUUCCAUUAAAACAACAAUUAAAUCAAACUUUUAAAGAACGUGAUUCAUCAAAAUAUGAAACUGAUAAAAUUGAAAGACACUUAUCAUCUAUUGAAGGUGAUAUUCAAAUGUAUAAUCGUCGUAUUGCUUAUCAAGAUACUGAACAUGAAAAAUGGAAACAAUUUAUUAAUCAUAUUCAACGUCUUUUAUUACAAGGAAAAAAUGAAAUUCAAAAUGAAAUUUUAAUGCAUACAUCAUGUGACCAAGCAGUAAAACGAUUACGUCUUGAUAUAAGUCGAUUACAUGAACAAGAACAACAAAAAUUAAAUGAUCUUAAACAAUCAUCAUUUAUUUUAAGUUCAAAUGGAACAAAUGAACGUGCACUUAUGUUUAAAUCUGAAUUAGGAAAUGCUAUAAGAAGAAUUCGUCAAGAUUUUGAAAGAGAACAUGAUUUACAACGUAAUGAAUGUUAUCAAAAAUUUUCACAAUCAUAUGAUGAAAUAGUUCGACAAUAUUCAGAAUUUGCAAAUUUUUUAUUAAAUGAACGUGAACAAGAACGUAUUAAACAAGAAGAAGAACAUAUACGUUUAGAAAUUCAACAUAUACGAACAAAUACUGAUGUAUUAAAACAAAAAAAUUCUGAAUUAAAAUUACAUAUACGUGAAUUAGAAAUUAAUUUUGAAAUGAGUGAAAAUGAAAAUAAAUGUAUUCAACAAACACAACAAAAUCAAAUUGAUCAAUGGAAAUUAAAACAUGAAAAAAUUACUAAAGAUUAUGAAGAUGUUACAAAUAAACAAAUAUCAUUAGAACAAGAAAUUGAAACAUAUAGAAAUUUAUUAGAAGGUACUAUGAAACCAGUUAUUGAUAAUAUUACAGAAGGAUAUAAUUUAAUGACUACUAAUCAAAUGAAAAAAGAAAAACAAAAGAAUUUAUUCAAUCAAAAACCUCUUUCAACAAGUGUUGAUUCAAUAUUAUCAACAUCUUAUCCUUUAAGUACAUAUGAUACUAAUAAUUCGCAUGUUUCCUUUAUGACUUUGAAUCUUAAUAAUGAUCAAUCAAGUCAUUCAUCAAUACCCAUUAGAGAUAGUUUAACAACAACAUAUAAAAAUAAUUUUGAAAAAAGUCAAAGUGUUGAAGAUAUAUGUGUUAAAACUAAUGAUAAUGAUCAAUACGUGGUAGAAAAAAAUGAACAAGCAAAUGUUGAAUCUUUAUCAAAUAAUCGAAUACCAAUACAUAUUGAAACACGACGAAAGAACUAA